UGAGCGCCGUGCGGGAGAGGAGAGCGUCGGGGCGGGCGGCGAUGGUGCUGCGUGCUGGCGGCCGCCCCGCGCUCCUCCAUAGGCGGCGGCCACGGAGGUCCUGAGGCGGCGGUGAGCGGGGCUGGGCACGGCGCUUCGAUAACAUGCAUGUGUCACUGGCUGAGGCUCUGGAGGUUCGGGGAGGGCCACUGCAAGAAGAAGAAAUAUGGGCUAUUUUGAAUCAAAGCGCUGAGAGCCUUCAAGAGCUCUUCAGAAAGGCUGAUCCUGCUGCUCUGGGAUUCAUCAUUUCUCCGUGGUCUCUCCUCUUGCUUCCAUCUGGCAGUGUAUCAUUUACUGAUGACAAUGUUUCCCACCAAGACCUGCGAGCAUUCACAGCACCUGAGGUUCUGCAGAACCAGUCCCUGUCAUCUCUCUCAGAUGUUGAGAAGGUCCAUAUUUAUUCUCUUGGUAUGACGCUCUUCUGGGGAGCUGACCAUGAGGUUCCUCAAAGCCAACCUAUCAAACUUGGAGAUCAUCUCAACAGCAUCCUCCUUGGCAUGUGUGAAGAUGUCAUUUAUGCUCGAGUAUCUGUACGGACCGUUCUGGAUGCCUGCAGUGCUCACAUCAGGAACAGUAACUGUGCCCCAUCUUUUUCAUAUGUGAAGCAGUUAGUCAGACUGGUCUUGGGAAGCCUGUCUGGGAUGGAUCAACUUUCUUGCAAUGGAGAUAAAAAAUUGCAGCCAGACAGGAGCCAGGCAAUUCGGGAGAGGCUGAGGGGAAAAGGACUGCCCACAGGAAAAGCUUCAGUGGUUGAUGCACGUGACGAACACAAGACUCAUUUCUCUCAACAGACAGUGCUUAACAAAGGGCUUAGCAAGUCGAUGGGAUUUCUGGCCAUGAGAGGAACACAAGGCGAGGAGGAAUUUUUCCAGGGCAUUUCCUCAGAUUACAACUCGGGACAGGAAGAUUCUUUCUAUCCUUACAGAUGUAAAACCAAUGAGUUUGAAAACAAAAGUCACCUCCACACAGAUGCAGCUCCCAAGCGGAAGGUGUGGGCUUCUUCCACAGACUUGCUUUGCACGACCAGCAAAGCAGCUGAGAGAGAUUCUUCAGACUCUCACAAGUACAGUCAUCAGUGUGAGACCUUUGCUGUACGAACUUCUACUAUGACCAGAAACAAAGAAGCGAGAUACUCCGAUGGGAGCAUAGCACUGGAUAUCUUUGGACCUCAGAAACUGGACCAAACACGCCAUGUGCCUGAGACAUCAACUUCUGCAGCAAUAUCGAGUGCCUUUGACAGGAUAAGGGAGAGACAGAAGAAGUUGCAGCUCCUGAGGGAAGCCAUGAAUGUAGAAGAGCCUCUGAGAAGGUACAAAUCAUACCACAGCGAUGUUUACAGUACUUCGAGUGAAAGUCCAUCCAUUAUUUCUUCAGAAGCAGAUUUCAGGCAAGUGAGAAGAAAUGAGGGAUUCAAGAGAGAUGAUGCCAGUACUGCUUUGCCAGGUGCUGAUGAUAUCUCCACAUCGAGUCAAGCUCAUUCUCAGAGGGCAAGCAGGCAGCAUGAAGCACCAUUUGAAGGCAAUCUCGUCAGUCAAGAAGCGAUGCUAAAGCGCCAGGAAGAAGAAAUGCUGCAGUUGCAGGCUCGUAUGGCUCUCAGGCAGUCCCGGCCCAACCUCUACCCUGGAGAUGCAAUCAGGUCCUCCAUGCUGGACAUCACCAGAGAUCCGCUUAGAGAAAUAGCCCUGGAAACAGCCAUGACUCAAAGGAAACUGAGGAAUUUUUUUGGCCCUGAGUUUGUGAAAAUGACGAUUGAACCAUUCAUCUCCUUGGAUCUGCCAAAGUCUAUCUUGACAAAGAAAGGGAAGAAUGAUGAUACAAGGAGGAAAGUAAAUGUGAUGCUUUUAAGUGGACAGAAGCUGGAGCUGACCUGUGACACUAAAACAAUAUGUAAAGAUGUCUUUGAUAUGGUUGUUGCCCAUAUUGGCUUAGUGGAGCAUCACUUAUUUGGACUGGCUACUUUAAAAGACAAUGAGUUUUUCUUCGUUGAUCCUGACAUAAAGCUGAGUAAAGUAGCCCCAGAAGGAUGGAAAGAAGAGUCAAAGAAAAAGAACAAGCCCCCUGUCAACUUCACUCUGUUUUUUCGCAUCAAGUUUUUUGUGGAUGAUGUCAGUCUUAUACAGCAUACUCUCACUUGUCACCAGUAUUACCUGCAGCUGCGGAAGGACAUCCUGGAAGACAGGAUGCACUGUGAUGAUGAGACAGCCUUAUUGUUGGCAUCCCUAGCUCUUCAAGCUGAGUAUGGAGAUUACCAGGCAGAGGUGCACGGCAUGUCAUAUUUCAGACUAGAACACUAUGUCCCAGCUAGAGUGAUGGAGAAACUGGAUACAUCCUACAUCAAGGAAGAGUUGCCAAAGUUGCAUAGCACUUACGUGGGUGCUUCUGAGAAAGAGAUAGAAUUAGAAUUCUUGAAGCUGUGUCAGAGGCUCACGGAGUAUGGCGUUCACCUUCAUCACGUGUUACCCGAGAAGAGAUCCCAGACAGGCAUCCUGCUGGGAGUGUGCUCCAGAGGAGUCGUUAUCUUUGAGGUUCACAAUGGUGCCCGCACUCCUGUGCUGCGCUUCCCAUGGAGAGAGACAAAAAAAAUUUCCUUCAGUAAGAAGAAAAUAACAUUGCAGAACACAUCGGAUGGUAUCAAGCAUUCCUUUCAGACUGACAACAGUAAAACCUGUCAGUACCUUUUGCAUCUCUGCUCUUCCCAGCAUAAGUUCCAGCUGCAGAUGAGAACCAGGCAGAGCAACCAGGACACUCAGGACAUUGAGCGAGCUUCCUUUAGGAGCCUGAACAUCCAUGCGGAGUCAGUGAAAGGCUUUGGCAUGGGGCGGGCCAUCAGCACGGGCAGCCUGGCCAGCAGCACCUUGAACCGCCUUGCAGUGCGCCCUCUAUCCGUGCAGGCAGAGAUCCUGAAGCGGCUGUCCUGCUCCGAGCUCUCGCUCUUCCAGCCACCCCCAGGCUCUUCAAAGGACAAGAAUGAGAAGACUUCGUGGGAGGAAAGACCCAGGGUUAUGAGCAAAUCGUUCCAUGAUCUGAGCCAGAGCCAUAUCUCGGUUUACCCUCCGAGGAAGAAUAUUAUCACAGCUUUGGACUCUUCCUCCCAGAAAAUAGAGGACUUAAUGGGAAGAGUCUUUCAGCGAAUGCCAAAAUUUGAUACUGGAUCAGCAGCGGGAGCAUUAAAACUGAACAAUUCAAAAUCUCAUGCAGGUUUAAGUAGAAGUCCUGAAAGAAAGAAAAAUGAAUCGGACUCAUCGUCCAUGGAAGAUACCGGGCAAGCCUAUGUUGUAGGUGUUAGCAUGAGUAACUCUGGAAAUCUUCCAUCAUCAACACCAUUAAAAGAGAGCAGUGACUCUCUGCAAACAACAGAGAGCAGAGUUUCCUCACCAGAAAGAGAGAUCACUUUGGUGAACCUGAAAAAGGAUGAAAAAAUGGGCUUGGGCUUUCAGAUAGUUGGUGGAGAGAAGACGGGGAAACUUGAUCUGGGAAUUUUCAUUCACUCAGUUACUCCUGGAGGGCCAGCUGAUGUGGAAGGAUCUCUGAAACCAGGACACCGACUGAUAUCUGUGAACAGCACGAGUUUGGAGGGUGUCAGCCACCACACAGCAUUAGAAAUUAUAGAGAAUGCUCCUGAGGAUGUAACACUCGUUAUCUCUCAGCCCAAAGAAAAGCCAUCCAAAGCAUCGUGCAGCACCUCGCACCUCACUAAUGGAACCAGGACCUAUGUAAGAAGACCAUCAUCAGUGCAGGACAAUGAGGCAGAGUCCUCUUCGGAGGAGCCUAGCAGGUCCCGUGCUCACCAGAGGGCCAUUGCAGACAGCGUGUCUGCCUUGUCAGGGGGCAGGCGGGAUGGGAGUGUGAGCUCCCAGGACUCCAGGACUGAGAGUGCCAGCCUGUCCCAGAGCCAGACAGCCAGCUGCUUUGGCAGACGUGCCAGUGGCAGAGCCCAACAGGAUCCGCAGAAAUACAGUGACUCCCAGUCUGGGGUUUUGAAAACUAGUGAGAAGAGAAGGUCGUCGUCAGACAGUACUCGAGCCAAAAUGAAAAGGUCGGGAGUUGUGGAGUCUGUGGAGUAUUCUGACCGAGGAGAUUCUGACAUGGAUGAAGCAACUUACUCCAGCAGUCAGGAGCAGCAGGUUGCUCAAAAGGAAUCUUCCUCAGCAAAUGCAGCUGACAAAAUGAAUUCUAAAAAGGUUUCUGCAGAACUUCUUAAACCUGGAGAUAUCUUUGAGGUUGAACUAGCCAAAAAAGAUAACGGCUUGGGAAUAAGUGUCACGGUACUGUUUGACAAGGGUGGUGUAAACACAAGUAUAAAGCACGGCGGUAUUUAUGUGAAAGCAGUUAUUCCGAAAGGAGCAGCUGAAGAAGAUGGCAAAAUAGAAAAAGGUGACCGCGUGCUUUCUGUCAAUGGGGUGAGUUUGGAGGGUGCUACUCAUAAACAAGCUGUGGAAAUGCUGAGAAACACCGGACAGGUGGUGCAUCUGCUGUUGGAAAAAGGACAGCUUUCUGUGGCAAAGGCUCAUGCUCCAGUAACACCACAGUGCACACCUCCAAAUCUGGUGGGGCCAUGUGAGCCUCAGGAGAAACCAGCAACAAGAGCUACAAACAUCAAAGACUACAGCUUUGUCACUGCAGAAAACACGUUUGAGGUAAAGCUGCUGAAGAACAGCUCAGGUCUUGGGUUCAGCUUCUGCCGUGAGGAUAAUCCUACUCCAGAGCAGCUGGGCUCAACCAUUGUGAGGGUGAAGAAGCUCUUCCCUGGGCAGCCUGCUGCAGAGAGUGGGCAGAUAGACAUUGGGGACGUCAUCCUCAAAGUGAAUGGGGCAUCGCUCAAGGGUUUAUCCCAGCAGGAAGUCAUCUCUGCUCUGAGGGGAACAUCUCCAGAAGUCUCUCUUCUCCUUUGUCGGCCACCGCCUGGUAUACUGCCAGACAUCGAUCCUGCUUUGUUGACCCCCAUCAAUUCACCCCUACAAGUAUUUCCAGAUGUCAAUAGAGAAGUUUCUGGUCCUUCAAAUGAAGAACAGGGAGAGAGCUCAGAUGAAAAUGAAACUACUGAUCUGAGCAAGAGAAGACUGAAGUCUCCUUCUAGGAGAGACAGCUACAGUGACAGCAGCAGGAGUGGUGAUGAGGAGACGAUGGACUCACUGGCGCAGUCAGGCCACAGCUGGAAUUCUGCCCUCUGCCAGCCUCCAGAUGAAGCUGUGACACAGGCACACAGCCAGCACGAGGCACGCAGUGCUCAGGGCAGUGCUCUUCGCACCAUCUUGUACUCUGCACAUGAGACUCCUAGCAGGUCAGAGCUUGAGGACAGCACUCUGCUGUUGGAUUUGACAUCGAUCCCACCGUGUAGAACCAUUCCUGAAGUUACCACAUCUGUUUUAAUAAACAGCUGUUAUGCUGCUCCUGCUUCUGAGCUACCUCCACGCCUGGAAGGAAUGGCCUCACUACUCAGCCAGCUAGAAAAAAGUGCUGAAGAAUAUGAACCGGAAGUAGAACUCCAGGUCACCAUGACCAAGUCUGAAAAAGGCAGCCUGGGCUUUACAGUGACCAAAGGGAAUGAUAAUGUGGGCUGCUACAUUCAUGACAUUGUUCAGGAUCCUGCCAAAAGUGAUGGGAGGCUGCGUCCUGGGGACCGACUCAUAAAGGUUAACGACAUUGACGUUACCAACAUGAGUCAUACAGAUGCAGUCAGCUUUCUCCGUGCUGCCCCAAAGACUGUCAGAUUGGUUCUAGGACGUGUGUUGGAGUUACCCAAGAUGCCAGUAUUGCCUCACUUGCUGCCUGAUAUUACGCUAACAUGCCAUAAAGAGGAGCUAGGUCUGUUGUUAGCAGGAGGUCAUGACAGCAUUUACCAAGUUGUGUACAUCAGUGACAUUCUCCCCAGAUCAGCUGCUGCCAGAGAGGAGAGUCUCCGUGCACUAGAUAUUAUCCAUUAUAUUAAUGGGGUCAGCACACAAGGAAUGACACUGAAAGAAGCCAAAAGAACAUUGGAAACAUCCCUUCCUUGGGUUGUGCUCAAAGUGACCAGAGAUGGUCAUCCAGUACUUCCAAAAUCCAGGGGCUCAGAUAGCUCGGAUUCAUGGUCAAAGAAAGCUAAUGGCUGCUCACAUGGUGAUCCCUGUGACAAAACAGAAAAGACAACUGAUGCCUAUGGGCCCAAGGUCAAUGGCAACAGCAUCAUAGGACCUUCUCAUGCAAACACAGAAAAUAACAUCCAUCAUACAAAGGGGCAAUUAAAUCUCACAGGGUCUGGAGAUGCCCCUUCGCUUGGCUUUGCUGCUCAGAUAUUGGAUGUUUCUAAACACAGUGACAAAUCAGAAACGGAGAUUCCAGAUGAUGAAUAUUAUGAUGAAGAUGAUCACAAUGAGGUAGUCCAAUAUUUGUUGGACGUUGUAGAUGAGGAAGCCCAGAACCUAUUAAAUCGAAACAAUGCAACAUCAGAGGCCCAGAGCCUUCUGCACAUCAAGAAGGCCACAUCAGAAGAUCAUCUGACAGUGGAGAUGAAUGGGAAACUGGCAGAAGAUAAGUCUGAAGACACAGACUGUGAUGGUUCAUCUUUACCUGAAGAUUUUUCAGAGCCCAUGCACAUAAAUGGUUGUGAAGACCAUGGUGAGGAAGGAGCUGUGCCAGAAAGAUCUCCUCCACAACCUCCCCUGAGUCAAGCAGAUGAAGAUGAAAUCACGUGGGGAAGUGAUGAAUUGCCAAUUGAAUCAAUCAGCCAGGAGCGUGUAAAUAAAGAUCUCCCUCUGGUGACAAACGAAGAGAUCUCCGCGCUGCGUGCUGUGAGCGUGCUCCCUGGCGGCAAGUACUGCGGAGCCAAGCUGAAGGCGGCCAUCAGGGUGCUGCGAGGACUGCUGGAACAGGGGGUUCCUUCCAAGGAGAUUGAAAAUCUUCAAGAGUUAAAACCAUUGGAUCAGUGUUUGAUUGGACAAGCAAAGGAGAACAGGAGGAAGAACAGAUACAAAAACAUCCUCCCUUACGAUACCACCAGAGUUCCUCUUGGCAGUGAAGGUGGAUACAUCAACGCCAGCUUCAUUCGCAUGCCGGUGGGGAAUGAGGAGUUUGUCUACAUCGCUUGUCAAGGACCUCUCCCCACUACUGUAGCAGACUUCUGGCAGAUGGUUUGGGAGCAAAACUGUACUGUGAUUGCCAUGAUGACUCAGGAAGUUGAGGGAGAGAAGAUAAAAUGCCAACGCUACUGGCCAGAUGUGCUCCAUAAAACCACCAUGAUAACAGACAGGCUGCGGCUGGCUCUUGUAAGGUUUCAGCAGCUGAAGGGCUUCAUCAUCAGAGUGCUGGAGCUAGAAGAGAUCCAGACAGGUGAGGUACGACACAUUUCCCACCUGAACUUCACUGCCUGGCCUGACCAUGACACCCCUUCUCAGCCGGACGACCUGCUGACGUUCAUCUCCUACAUGAGGCACGUGCACAGAUCAGGACCCAUCGUAACACACUGCAGUGCUGGCAUUGGCCGCUCAGGGACCCUGAUUUGUAUCGAUGUGGUUCUGGGGCUUAUCAGCAGAGACCUGGAUUUUGACAUCUCGGACCUGGUGCGCACAAUGCGUCUGCAGCGGCACGGGAUGGUGCAGACAGAGGAUCAGUACAUCUUCUGCUAUCAAGUUGUCCUGUAUGUCCUGAAUCAUCUCCAGCACGAAGAAGAGAGGCAAAUGAAAUCCUGAACUGGAAAGUGCUUUGAAAAUACAGAUGUGAGGAGCCUGAAGGGACCUGAAGGCUCUCACCUGUUCUUUGUUCUGCCAAUGCUGUCAAAGUCCUUUUCUUCAGCUGCUGUCAAAUAUUUUCUCUAUCUGCCUCUGUGUGUCACUGCACAUAAGGUACAUAGUGUACGGACAAAGGAGAGCUCAUACCAUACCACUGCUGUCUUCAGCCCAUGGACACAGCUGUGAGAUAUUUGUAUAACAGUAAAUAAUAUUUAAUAAAGCUGCAUUUUUUUGCAGCUUCCUUAAUACAUGAUUAAGUACUCAAAUAAAAAUAUUUUAAUGAAAAAAAAUGAAAAAAAGUAAUGUUGAAAUACUCCUGCAGCUCUGCAGCUGCUCUGGAGUAUUUGUUUCUUAGGGGGUGGGAUAAAGCAGUAUUCUUGUCCUGGCAAACUUUACUACCAUGCCAUUUUAAUGGUCUCUUUUAAAAGCUUGUGUAUGGCAACAGACUGUUUUGGCCUUUUAGUACAGUUGGAGCUAUUUUAUAGAGGGUAUCUUAAAUCAGUAUUUAAGCUUUAAGAGCUGCCUGUUAGUGUAAGGAUAGUGGUGACUGUUUACUGUAAGUAUCACAGUUAACAAUGUUUACUUGAUAGAGUUCCAUGUAUAUAUUUAUAUACUUUUACAAAAAAAAAAAAAGUUGAAUUAUCAGAUGUCUAACUUUAUAACUUAUUAGGCAUCUCUACUCUGUAAAUAAAAAUACACUUAAAAUGCA